AUGUGGACCAAGGGGGAAAUCACUAUGUGGCUUACAAAGUACAGUUUAGAAAAUUCAUCUUUGUUAUAUUUGACAGGAGAAGAAAUAAUCUUUCUGCAUAAAUUAAAAUAUGAGGCACCUGAGUUUUUCUACCAUUGCUUGGAAUCCAAGCUUCAUCUGGAGUCUUUACUGGAUCUGUCUAGAGCUACCAAUGCUUUAGCAGAUUUGACAUGGUGA